AUGCUGAAACGUCAUAGUUAUGAUGACCGAGAAGGGAAUUACAAUGCAUGUUCAUUACCAAAACAGCAAAGACAUGAUGAUCACGAUAAAAUGCCUGACUUAAAUUAUUUAUUUAACGGAGAGGUUGCAAGUGUCACAGAUUAUGGUGUUUUUAUCAAAAUUCCAGGUUUUAAGAAACAAGGUCUUGUUCACAAAUCACAGAUGUCAAACGCUCGCAUUGAUGACCCAUCGGAAAUGCUCAGUAUCCAUGAAAAAGUAUAUUGCAAAGUUAUAGCCAUAACUGAUGAAGGUAAAAUCAGUUUGUCUAUGAAAAGUGUAAACCAAACAAAUGGCAAAGAUUUAGAUCCCAAUAAUAUACAACUAAGCAUCGACAAACGGAAAAAGAAGAAAUCUUUUCAGAAGGAAAUCAAGAAAAUAGAACUUGGAGCUGUUUAUAACACAGUUUGUAAGAAAUGUGGUGGACAUGGUCAUUUUGCCAAAGAUUGCUUUAGUGUCAGUGGCAAAGUGUAUGACCUUAUUCCAGAUCUUGAAACACAAGCAGGAACCUCCGAGGAAAAACUUGAAAAGUCAUCUGUAGAAAAGAAGAAAAGAAAGAAGGAGAAGAAAUCCAAGAAGAAACACAAGAAAAAGGAAAAGCGAAAACACAAAAAAGAUUCUCCCAGUCCAGAUAUGCAUAAAACGUCAAAAAGCAAAAGAAAGAAAAAAUCUCACCACACAUCGUCUGAUAAAAACAGCAGCAGUGACAGUAGUUCAUCCUCUGAUGAAUAA